CCACUGGAUCAGCAGCACACACAUUAUAUAUCGUUUAGCAGCAAGCAUAAAGCGUGCAUAUAGUCAGCUCCGGCAACCCGUCCUGCAAUCAUGUUUUGGCGGAUGAACCCCGGCUUGAAUGCCUCGUCUACCUUGGAGGCCACGCUGGAUAGAGCGCUCGGUGGGAACGGCGGAGAUUCGAGCUCAAACUCGCAGUAUUCCGGCAACAGAGGAUCAGGAGGUGCAGGAUCUAGCGGCGGCGGUGGAAUGCACAACGUCUUGGAUCAGCUGUUGGACGAGACGGAUCUCCUGAGCGAGCUCAAGGCGGGCAAUGCUAGACUGAUACAGGUCCUGUCGGCGAGGGACAAUGUGCGCGGGCUGAUCGCUUGGUCGGUAUACGGGACCGACGAGAUUGAGCGUCACGCCGAUACCGCUGAACGGAGGAUCCUCGAGGACCUGGUAAAGCAAGGUGGCCUCGCCAGUCUGGACUCGAGCACAGCGAACGGAGACAAGACCGGUAGUACCGGAGGUUUAUCGCCAGCGUCCACACAUGACAAAGCUGCAUCUGAAACCACCGAGCGGUCUGAAAGUCCCACUAGUAGCGGCCUUUGGGGAAACUUUCCCAACGCCUCACCGCAACCGGACGUCGAAGGCGAUGCCAAACGACAGCGUUAUCCGCAUCUCGCGACCGAGAUCCUCUGUGCGGAUUAUUUCCAGAUCAGCGAGACGCUCUGGUCGGAUCUGCCGGGCCUGUUGGGACCGAUAUGGGACAUCAUACUGGGUUCUCGCGAGGAAGCGCUUGGCAUGUCAGUCGUCGAGGGGUGCGAUACGCCCGAGAUGCGAUCGCGAUUACGGGCUCAUGUGCGGUAUGAGCUCGAGCGUACGAAGAGCGAGAGGGACGAGGAUGAUGACAAGCGCAGGGAGAUCAUCCGAGGUAAUUGGACCCGGAUCAACGGCAUGUUGUUGACGAAAAGACCCACGCAGAUGUUCAAGUUUAUCCAAGAGAUACCUUCUGUCGUGUCAAGGCUGGUCGACAGGAUUGACAGCCCAUCCAUACAGGAUACCAUACUCCGUCUGAUCACAUGCGAAGAAGCCGGUGUGGUUGGAGUGAUCGAGUGGUUACGACAAGAAAAUUUCAUUCCAAAACUGCUGUCCCUCUUGUCCCCCUACGAAAGUCCCUCGACACACUUCACGAUCACAGAAAUCGUCAAGGCGAUCAUCAAUCUGACCUCUCCAAACGCCUUCAGUCCAAAUGGAGGCAAUGGUGGUGAUCAGGGAGAGGCCGGCUCUGCUUCAGACGGGGCGAACGCUGCGGCGCAUGCCAAUGCGAGCAGUCCUUUGGAUCCAACGUCUGGGCCGAUAGCGACCUCUGCAAAUGCAACGAACGACUCCGCCGCUCCGAUCGGUCAGAGGGACAACCGCCUUAUCCGGGAAUUGGUCAUGCCAGAGAACAUCGCCAUGCUGGUGGAAGCGGUGAAGAGAACAGUUGCGACGACGGACGGGACCGUUCCGGAGCAAGACCGCCAUCGUACUUCUCUGGUCGAGGUAGACUUGGACGAUGGAUCAGCAAAUACGUCCGCUAGCAAGACGACCGAUAUCCCAGUACAGAACGCGUCGGAGCCAUAUUCGUUCGACCCCUAUCAAGUCACCAAGCUACCUUCGAUCGCCUCUGUCACGUCUUCCUUCUGCCAAUCGAUAACAAUCUUGAUCGAGUUGAUCAGGAAAAACAACUCCGACUAUUCCGAGCCUUAUCUCUUCCAUUCGAUCAGGAACCGUCUCAUGGGAAUGCAGCAACGCAAAGUCGAGAUUAGAUUCCAGGCUAAAGAUCAGGCAGAUCAGGAGGACAAGCACACGUCUUCGCUAGAGGAGGACGCACAGGACAGACAGGACAUGGAGGAUACGAUGGCCAAGAUGAGCGAGAAGCUCGGCAUAGUACACCUCGGACCGUUAUUGUCCCAGGUCAGAGAGCACAUAGGAGAGCUGCAAGAAGCGAUCCUCCACCCGCGUCAUCCGGAACGAUCACGCAUUCCGGGCGUUCCGAAUCCUCUUACCACCGAGAGGUUCCGUAUAGUAGAGCUUUAUGCGGAGAUGCUCCAUUGCUCGAACAUGUCCAUCCUCAACCGAGCCAAGGGUUCCGGCCCGGAUUACACCGCUGAUGGUCGGCUCGAAGGCGGCCUCGAUGCCCUCGAGAAGCUAGGGACUGCUCUGGAAGGUGUCACUGAAGCGGGCAACGGAAACGACGAAGUGCUCAACGAGGUGACACCUGCAAGAGAUCUGCCCGUUAGCAGCUCUGGGUCCACGAACUGUUCAUUGACUGGCUCGGACGACGAGGGAGAGGACCCAGUUUCGGAACACACCGUGCAAAUCAAUUCCUCUGAAGCCAAUUCAGGUGACGUGGAGUCAGCUCCUUCCGUGCGCCCGGAAGAGGAGGAGGAAGAGGAACCUUCAACCCCGAAACAGACAUUGUUUGAAGACAUGACCACGGCAACAGACAAACUCAGCCUUUCUACGGAAGCGUCUAGUGAAACCGAAACGCAGACGGCAAAGAGGUUGGCCAACGUACGAAACCCAGCCGGUGCUUCCGUGGAGAACACCCACCGCGAAGAGCCUGCAACGACGAUGACAAGUGGAGAUGUCCUGAAGCAGUUGUACAUCGACCACCGGGUAUUGCUUUCCGUUGUCGAUAUCUUUUUUGAACACCCGAGCAACAAUUUCCUCCAUAAUGUCAUAUACGACAUCGUUCAGCAGGUGCUCAACGGCCGGAUCGAUCAAGGCUACAACCGUCGACUUGUUUACGAGCUGUUCUGCGAUGCGAAGAUUGUCGAGAAGAUUCUAGAUACUCAAAGGCUCAACGUGGAACUGUGCCAAGGUAAAAGAUCGAGGAGAUUGGGCCUGAUGGGCCACAUGCUUCUAAUAGCAGACGAACUCGAAAAAUUCUUCGAGCGGUGUCCCCCGGAGCUCUAUGAGAGCAUAGAACACUCUUUCGUGCGGUCAGAAUGGAACGCCUUUGUAGCGGGCGAGCUGCGGGAAAGUCGUCAGCGAGAUGCUCAGCCCCUAGGUGGCGGCCGUCCUUCCGCGUUGGCAGCGGCGAAUGCUGCCAAGCAAGAUUGGGACAAUGGGGAAGAAGAAGAGGACGUCUCCGGAGCAUUAGCUGGUCAGCCUCUGACCAGAUCCGUCUCUUCCGGUGACGCCUUUAGUGGCUCUUUCGGCUUUGGCACCGCUGAAAACGAAGACUCUAGGUUCCGUGUGUUCAACAAGUUCUUGACCAAUGAGACCUAUUCGGGGUCGUUCGCUUCAUCGGAUGAGGAUAGUGACGAUAGUUCCGAGUCACCCCGGGCAAAUCGCGGAGGUCGUCAGCAAAUGCUGUCAGAUGGCUUCGAGAACGCCUUUUCACCUUCUAGCGAUCCGGGCGAGAUGGACGACGGCUUUGGCGACUUUGUCGCAGCCGAUCCGUUUGGCGACUCGUUUGAAGCGCCAUACCAGAAACCCCGGAUGAGUAUACAUGCCAAUCGACCAAUGACAGCGGCGGAUUUUGCCAACCAGGCUUUCCGAGAGCAAUUCGCCGGAGAAUCUGCAACGAGAUCCGGCGCGGACGACAGCAGCGAUGACGAUGACGACGAAGAUGAUGAUGACGAAGCUAGCGAGCAUGCUCACGGUAUCAUCGUCGAGCCCGAUCAUGGGGGAUUCGAGUCGGCUGCGCAAUUCUUGGCAGCCAACUGGUCCGUCCCUGGAGGUCAUUUGGAAUCAGGACGGGUUCGACAAUCCACAAGAUCCGCCAAUGCCCGCGCAAGAUCAUGGGAUGAUGCGAAUUCGAGUAGCAACGGCAGUGUUUCAAGCCCCUCGCCAGGUUCCUCUCCAGAGGCAAUCAAAUCACUACAUCCGGCCGCGCAGAUCGGUCGACGGUUAUCCGGAUCGCAAGCCUUGUCUCCCCCUAGUCCGACGUUGGUGCGAGCCACUGAUCCCAGCGAACCGUAUGGCCACGGCGUCUCGCCGGAUACGACUGUUCGCGAAGACGGAAAAUUGGAGCGCAACAUCGACGGGCGUACUGUCACGGCACCCCAGGACGACCUCACAUUGGCCGCUAAUCAUGCGCGCAAAAAUUCCCGCUGAUUAGACUACACAUCGAUUAUGAACGUAUGCAUACUCGCGACAGGCGAUCCUCGAUCAGGCGGAACGUCAGGCUAGUUGUACUUAGAGAGCUUGAAGUUGUAUUGUCUCAAACCUUGCAUUCCCAAAAUUGGCUGGCUGUAUUUGAGCGUGCCCGAGCUGGAUCCCAAUCGGCAUCUUCGGUGAAGCAGAGCGA